GCCACUUUAUUUUCGGCAUCUUUUGCUAACCAACGACAGCCCCCGCUUGCAAAGUUUUGCGCACACGCUGCCAAAACACACCCCUGCCAGCGCCUGAAGCGGGUGCAAAGCUGCCGCGUGCCCGCAGCUCUCCGUUCAGCCAGCGAGAGCACCAGACAUCUGUAAACCAUGGACGUCGAAGGCCUCGACACUUUUUCGGCUUAUGAUGCGGCCCCGGCCUUAGAUGACGGCGAGCCCCUCGGUUUAGGUAUGUCGCUCGACGAGGCCAUCGCCGAGCGGUCGGCGGCCAAGAAGCCCGCACCCAGACAGCCGAAGAAGCAAGGUGGCAAUGCGAGCGCGCGCGUCUUCGUGGGGAACAUGAAGUACGAGACGACCUGGCAGCAGCUCAAGGACCACUUCGCGAGUGCCGGUAGCGUCGUCCACGCGCGCGUCAUGGAGAACCGCACGGGCCGAAGCCAGGGCUGCGGCGUGGUCGAAUUCCAAUCAAUCCAAGAUGCCCGAAACGCCAUCGCUACUUUGCACGAUUCGGAACUAGACGGCCGCAAACUACUCGUGAGGGAAGAUAGGGAAGAUGGCCAGAAGCCCCAGCAAGCACCUCAGAAGAAGAAGCGCGACCGCGGAAGUGAUGACGUCGUCGUCGUGGGCAAGAAGCUGUACGUGGGCAACCUGAACUACCAGACGACGUGGCAGCAGCUCAAGGACCACUUCAAGGACUGCGGGCGGGUCGUGAGGGCCGACGUGAAUCGAGGUUACGGGACCGUCGAGUUCGAAAAAGCUGCGGAUGCCGCUGCCGCAAUCUCGCGGAAGUCCAACACCGAAUUGGAUGGCAGAAAGAUCAACGUCCGAGAAGAUAGAGAAGCCUCGAAACCGUCCCAAGCGAGGAAGCGCGCCAAGUCGAACGAGGGCGGCGUGACGCGCGUCGGGAAAAGAGUGUACGUGGGCAACCUCAAGUUCACGACGUCGUGGCAGACGCUCAAAGACCACUUCAAGCCCGUCGGCGACGUCGUCCACGCGAAGCUCAUCGCGAGAGGCUGUGGCAUCGUCGAGUUCGAGACGCCCGAGGACGCGCGGAGAGCUAUUCUGGAGCUGAACGACAGUGAGUUGGAGGGCCGUCCUCUCCAAGUCCGGGAAGAUCGGGAGGACCGCGACCUGAAAUGAUCUAAU